GGCAAAUGUCGUUUAUGUACGUACCUCACGCGUCUCCCAUCAUAACCAAAUGAAAAUGUGGAAAAGCUGUCACGCAGCCUAACGCACUUUCGAAACAAACUUUUCACUUUUAUUUUUUGUUUUCUUCCAAAAAAAAAAAACAAACAAAAACAUUUUAGUUAUUUUUAGUUGAAAACAAUUGACUGCGGAUAAUGGUCUGGCACCAGCGACAAUAUUUGUGAUCCGAUCGUAACUUCGAAGAAAAUUGAGCCUGUUUUUAUUUUUUUUUUCUUGUUUGCUGUGAUAGUUCCUUGUAUAAUUUUGUUUUGUUGUUGUUGCAAAGAGCAACAAUUUCUGUGAUAUUAUAGCAAGUAGUAUGAAAAUGACUAUGUACACAGCCCCAACGAUGGUGCCACGGGCGCAGCUGAAAGAGCGAAGACCCGGAAGGCCAUCAACUGGGAAGAGAUUGGCGCUAGUCAGGAAUUAUCCCGGAAAAAUUCGGUCCAUGGUCAGAAGAAAUUUAGAUCCGUGUGAGAACUCGAACGACAGCGGAUUAGGUUUCGAUCAGCAUACGGAUCCACAUUCGUAUAGUAUGACUGAUAGAUUGAAUUGGACGGAUGAAAGGGCCCAGGCGAAACGGUCGAAAGUUGACAUAAAACUUGAAAACGAUGAGGUUAAUGAAAACUACUCGUUCCCCGAACACGUGAAUGCAAUUAGGGAUAACAAUGCGCUUAUCAGAACAGUACCAGCCGCAUCAGCCUCGGCCUUAAAUGUAAACAACACACAGGCCACAACAUCACGUGGUUCCAUCCCUAGAUGUUUACCGGUGUUGAACAGAUCUGCACCCGCUGGACCAGUCACGUUAACAACCCUAUUGCAACCCUCAUCACGUUACAUGAACAUUGGUCUGUCAAUACUGUGCCAACCUGAGCAGCAGCACAGAGCACGUUAUCAAACGGAGGGAAGCCGAGGUGCAGUGAAAGAUCGUUCUGGAAACGGUUUCCCAAUUGUACAGUUAACUGGAUACAGCAAGCCUGCAAAUUUGCAAGUCUUUAUUGGUACUGACAUUGGCAAGGUAGCACCGCACAUGUUCUACCAAGCCUGCAGAGUUAGCGGCAAAAAUUCCACGCAGUGCCAAGAAAAAACAAUCGACGGCACUGUUGUCAUAGAAUUGAUGCUGAAUCCAUCGAAAGAUUUGGUAGCAACUUGCGAUUGUGUCGGCAUCCUGAAAGAGCGCAACGUUGAUGUUGAGCAUCGAUUUCCCGAGCAUCUGGCAUCACGCAGCAAAAAGAAGUCGACGCGCUGUCGAAUGAUUUUCCGAACUACAAUAACCCACGACAAUGGAACGCAGGAAACACUUCAAAUCUGUUCGCAACCUAUAGUUUGCACACAACCACCUGGAAUUCCAGAAAUUAGUAAAAAAUCUCUAACAUCGUGUCCGGCCGGUGGAGGACUUGAACUCUUUGUGAUUGGUAAAAAUUUCCUGAAAGACACGGUCGUUUACUUUCAAUCCGAAGAAGACAUGCACAGGCCGUGGGAACAAUCGGUUGUACCUGACAAAGAAUUUUUGCAGCAGACUCAUUUGGUAUGUCUCGUUCCACCUUAUUUGCAUCCUGAUAUAACCGAGCCGGUGACGGUAAGGCUAUAUGUAGUGUCCAGUGGGAAAACAAGCGAAGCACACCAGUUUGUAUACACGCCCGUAAACGGGGCCAUGCCAAGCGUUCAUGCGGUCGAUCAACAGACCCAACAGCAAACCGCUCCAUUUUUGUCAAAGAUGCUUUGGAGCACUAUGACCAAACAGGAGCAGGAUGUUGAUAUGAUGCCACCACCUGGGACGAGUCUGGUACCAUUGUCGCAGCGAAGACCGUCGGCAACAAUGUCUUCAGUGGAUGAUCAUUCGCCUCCGCUAAGGACGAUGAAGCAGGAAUUGAUGGAUGAAAACAGUCAAAAUUCGGUGAUGGAUGCUUCAGAGUUGAGUCAAGGUGUAAGGUACAGGAACAUCUCGGAGAGUUCGUUGGAUGUGAACCAAGGGGAUUCAAACAUUUCAAUGAUCAACGAUAAUUCAAUUGAUAUAUUGAGGCACAAUCAGAUGAUGCACGUCAUGAACGAAAAUUCGAAUAUGAGCAUUGGGAACGAGAAUAGUAUGGACUUGAUGAACGGCAGUAAUAUCUGCGAGAACAUGAAUGACGGAAACGGAUGCAACAACUUCGCACAAGCUUUAAUGCGACAGAACGAGAUGCAGGCAGAGUUGAAAGUUAUAGAUUUAAGAAUGAAAAUGCCGAUGGCCACAGUAGCAGAUCUGGUAAACACAAACGCACCUUCCAUGGCAACUUUGCAAAGUUUCGGUGUUACGGAAAGCACAAAUCUCCCAUUGCCGAAUCAAACAGGUCAAAGUAUAGAAAAUUACUUAAACAACAUCGAAAUCAAAGCCCAGAACCAGCAGGUCUUAACAAAUAAUUUAUUAACGACGGCCAAUUUAAUCAGUCAUGAAGCCACAAGCUUUUUGAACUCACCAUUAUCAAUUAACGUUGGAACGAAAACGAGCGAAGCAGCCGCAGUUGGCGAACAGCAGAACAACGUCACAACAAUUUUACCCAAUCCUAUAACCACCGAAAAGUUGGACGCUAUGGUGAACUGUGCCGUCGAGUCGCACAUCGCCCCCAAGGAUGAAGUACUAUUAACAACGCAAGACGUUAUGUUAAAUGCCACUCUACCACGGAUCCACACUCCGAUGUCAUCGCCUCAGCUUCCACCAAGUCUACUCUCAUCCGCCCAAACAAGUCCAAAUAUUGCACCGAAUGUGAUCCUGAAUAGCCAAAUCUCACCCAGCUUAAUGUGUCGAAGCAAUUCUGAAAAUCUUCUUCCUCAAGCGAACAUGACAAACGUUGAAAAUACACCGAUGCUUCUGACCACAGCAACUAACUUAGUGAGCGAACCUGAGAAGGUCCUCAUCCUUAAUGCUGCUGUCGAUCUUCUCGAAACCCAAAAGAAAUUCAAUGAUUAUCAACCAACGAUGAUAAAUAACAUAUUAACAACAUCGAAUACCACAGACGUUCUUCCCAAUCUCGACCAAUUGCCAAACAAUGGGAACAAUUUUUUACAAUAUACAACCGCAUCCAGUAGUGUUCCUAUAGAAACUACAUUAAUUGCAUCCAAGUCAAUUUCAAACGACAAUAAGCAAGAGUACGUUCUUACCGUGACCAAGAAAAGCGAAGACCGGAUGAUUCCUCCAUCCUUUGCCACAAUGUCUGAGAAUGACUUAAUCAACAUUAUCAACCCCAGUUGUUUCGACCAAGGUAACAACUUUCACUAAGUAGCAUAGAGAUUCAAUUUUAAAACUCUCGGUUUACCUUAUUUCUUUUGUGUUCUCCCACCUUCUUCUAUUCGAAAUUUUAGUUAUAUUUUAUUAUCAUUUGAAUAAUAUGUUCUUGUUUGUGAGUGUUGUCGAUGAAAAAAUCCUAACGCAUUUAUUUU